UUCAAUCUCCUUCUGCUCUCUCUCUUUCAUAAGUUUUUUUUUUCUCUCUCUCUCUCUCUCUAGAACUGUAGAGAGAGAAAAACCUCCAUUUUUCUUUCUCUCCUUCGCUUCAUAAACCCCACAUUACUCAAAACAAAGCAAAAACCUCACUGUAACAAUCCAGAGAGAGAGAGAGAGAUAGAGAGCCAAAAUGGAUGGUGUUACACCGAAGUUUGUGUUGCCGGAGACAUUCGACGGCGUGAAGAUGGAGAUCACAGGCCAACUAGGCAUGAUCUGGGAGCUUGUUAAGGCCCCGGUGAUUGUCCCUCUUCUUCAGCUAGCGGUUUACAUCUGCUUGCUAAUGUCUCUCAUGCUGUUAUGUGAGAGGGUUUACAUGGGAAUCGUCAUCGUCCUCGUCAAGCUCUUCUGGAAAAAACCUCACAAACGCUACAAGUUCGAGCCCAUUCAAGAUGAUGAAGAGCUUGGAAGCUCUAAUUUCCCUGUGGUCCUCGUCCAAAUCCCCAUGUUCAACGAACGAGAGGUUUACAAGCUAUCAAUAGGAUCAGCGAGUGGACUAUCGUGGCCGUCCGAUCGUCUCGUGAUUCAAGUGUUGGAUGACUCAACAGAUCCUACUGUUAAGCAAAUGGUGGAGAUGGAGUGUCAAAGAUGGGCAAGUAAAGGAAUCAAUAUAAGGUAUCAAAUCAGGGAGAAUAGAGUUGGGUACAAGGCCGGUGCGUUGAAGGAAGGACUCAAACGCAGUUAUGUCAAACAUUGCGAGUAUGUUGUUAUCUUCGACGCUGAUUUUCAGCCUGAACCUGAUUUUCUUCGCCGCAGCAUCCCAUUUCUCGUCCACAAUCCCAACAUUGCCCUCGUCCAGGCUCGAUGGAGAUUCGUGAAUUCUGAUGAAUGCUUAUUGACAAGGAUGCAAGAAAUGUCGCUGGACUACCAUUUCACUGUUGAGCAAGAAGUCGGUUCAUCAACACAUGCUUUCUUCGGCUUCAACGGAACCGCCGGAAUAUGGAGAAUAGCGGCGAUAAAUGAAGCCGGCGGGUGGAAAGAUAGGACCACCGUGGAAGACAUGGACCUCGCUGUCCGAGCAAGUCUCCGUGGCUGGAAAUUUCUCUACCUCGGUGACCUUCAGGUGAAAAGUGAGCUACCAAGUACUUUUAGGGCCUUCCGUUUCCAGCAACAUAGAUGGUCUUGUGGACCUGCAAAUCUCUUUAGGAAAAUGGUUAUGGAGAUCAUUAGAAACAAGAAAGUGAGGUUCUGGAAGAAAGUGUAUGUGAUCUACAGCUUCUUCUUUGUGAGGAAAGUCAUUGCACAUUGGGUCACAUUUUGUUUCUACUGCGUUGUUCUUCCUCUCACCAUUCUUGUCCCUGAAGUUAAAGUUCCAAUUUGGGGUUCCGUUUACAUCCCUUCCAUCAUCACUGUCCUCAACUCCGUGGGCACUCCCAGGUCGAUCCAUCUGCUAUUCUAUUGGAUUCUAUUCGAGAAUGUGAUGUCGCUGCAUCGGACAAAGGCCACUCUCAUUGGUCUGUUUGAGGCAGGUAGAGCUAACGAAUGGGUCGUGACUGCUAAGCUUGGAAGCGCUCAAAGCGCUAAAGGGAAUACAAAAGGGCUUAAAAAGUUCCCAAGAAUCUUCAAACUGCCUGAUCGAUUGAAUACAUUGGAGCUAGGAUUUGCGGCGUUCUUGUUCGUGUGUGGAUGCUAUGACUAUGUGCACGGGAAGAACAAUUACUUCAUCUACUUGUUUCUUCAGACCAUGUCAUUCUUCAUCAGUGGGCUUGGCUGGAUUGGGACAUAUGUCCCGAAUUAGUAGUCAUGUUUUCUAUGUUUCAGGGGAAAAAGAGAUGGAAUUGUUACUAAUUUUCUGCAAAAAUAAAAAAAACUCAAAUUUUUAUGGAAAAUUACAAGGAAAGUUGAUAGGGAAAAGGGUUUGAGAAGAAGAUAGAGAGACUUAGGGAGGAGAGAGGCUCGAAGGGUUCUUUGGAUUUAAUUACAUUUUUCUGCCUUUCUAAAAAUAUUGAUUUGUGAUUCAGUAAUAGUGGGAUUUCAAUUUUUUUUUUUCCUUUUAUUUUGAAGUGUUACUAGUUUGGUUCUUAUGAUUUUAAAUUCAAGAUUUCGUGUGAGUUAUUCGA